GGAGGGCGUAGCGGUGGCCUGGAGAAAGAGAGAGCCAGAGCGAGGCUCAUUUCCGCUUCCGGCUGCUUCAGGAAGGGCAUUGAGGGAAGAGGCGGAGGAGGAGGAGAAGCGGCGUCUGUGGCGGGGCUUCCUCGACGCGCGCGCCCAGGUAGGCCCCGCCAUGGGGGGAGGGGGGAAGGGGCCCGGCUGCCCCGGCUGAGGCGAGGGAGGGGCGGUGGGGAGGGAAGGGGCGGCCCUCGUGGGAACGGAGAGCGGCCCCCGGCAGCUCCAGCCUCCCUUCGCCCCUCGGGCUCCCCGGUCCCUUUGUUGAUUUGCUUCAGGAAAUCUGCACCCCGCCUGGUCAUAGGGCCGAAAGCAGCCUCAAAGCGGUUCCCAAAAAAUUAAGACCAGAACGGCGAAAUGUUACUACAGUGGUACCUCGGGUUACAGACGCUUCAGGUUCCAGACUCCGCUAACCCAGAAAUAGUGCUUCAGGUUAAGAACUUUGCUUCAGGAUGAGAACAGAAAUCGCGUGGCGGCGGCGGGAGGCCCCAUUAGCUAAAGUGGUGCUUCAGGUUCAGAACAGUUUCAGGUUAAGAACAGACCUCCGGAACGAAUGAAGUACGUAACCAGAGGUACCACUGUAUUAUUAUUAUUAUCAUCAAUGUUUCUUACGGCAAACAGCCAGUAUACUAAAUCCAGAAUUUCUGACAAUAAAAACGAUCAGCAUGGGAUUUAACUAUCAAUAUGCUAUUUAAGUGGAAUAAUAAAUAAUAAGAAUAAGAAUAAUAUCAACAUCAAUGUUUCUUACAGCCAACAGCCAGCAUACUAAAACCAGAAUUUCAGCAUAGUUCUUUACACAGACAGUAAAAACGAUGAGCAUCGGAUUUAACAAUCAAUAUGCUAUUUAAGUGGAAUAAUACUAAUAUUAUCAUCAGUGUUUAUUGUGGCAAACAGCAUACUAAAACCAGAGUUUCUGCAUAGUUCUUCACAUAGACAAUAAAAACGAUCAGCAUGGGAUUUAACAAUAUACUAAUUAAGUGGAAUAAAAAUAAUAAUAUUUAGUAUUUAUACCCUGCCCGUGGUUCCUGCACAUAGAAAAUCAUAAUAAAACAUCAGACAUUAAAAACUUCCAAAUUCAGAAAUCGAGAAAGACCCACAGCCCCACUUUGACACAGACCAAAAGUUAAAAUGCGAAAGCAGGUUAAAGUCGUCUCAGCUUUGCGAGCACCUGGGCAGGCUUGCCUAAACAGGAAUGUUUUCGGUUGGAAGAUUCCCUCUGAAUUUCUGUUGGUAGGGAGUUCCACAAGACUGGGCCCAUGGUAAUGAAGGAUCUGCUUUUUGUUGCUGUCAGAUGACCCUCAAUGACUUGGGGGGUCAACAACACUCCUGAUCUCAACGGUAGAGCUGGAGUACAGUGGUGCCUCGCAAGACAAAAUUAAUUUGUUCUGCGAGUUUUUUCGUCUUGCGAGUUUUUUCGUCUUGCGAAGCACGGUUUCCAUUUUUUCAAAAAAGUCUUCAAAAACCUCAAAAAAGGCUACCACACCGCGUGCUAUGAGUUGCUCCUCGAAGUCGAGUCGCAACUGCACCUCUUCAAGCAAUGCACCCUGUGUUACUGUAACGGUUUUAAGAAAAAGGAAACAAACUUGCAAGACGUUUUCAUCUUGCGAAGCAAGCCCAUAGGGAAAUUCGUCUUGCGAAGCGACUCAAAAAACCAAAAACUCUUUCGUCUUGCGAGGCAUUCGUCUUGCGAGGUACUACUGUACAAGGGUUUGGGUGACCCAUGGUCAGUUUUGCUCCCCAGUCAGUUUUCUCUCGUUUAUUAUUAGUGUUACUGCUACAGCUACAUACUGCCCUGGAAAAGGUUUUGAGAAGGGCAACCAAAAUAAUCAAGGAGAGAGAGAGAGAGAUAGUUCUUUUUAUUUAAUCUUGUUGAAGCCAUUACAAAAGAUAGAUCAAGGGGGUGGAGCAAUGCACACAUUCCCCCCCCCCCCCGAAAGGUUGCUGCAUUUGGUGCUUUUUUCAGUUUAGAAGAAAGGUUGGACAAUGUGUGUGUGAUAGGAGCAUACAAGAUUAUGCAUGGUGUGGGAAAAGCAGAUAGUGUGAAGUUUCCAUUUUCAUGAUAUCAAAACUCUUUAGGACACCUGAGGCAGCUGAAUAUUGGAAGCGUCAGGAUAAAGUACAAGCGCUCAUUCCUGCAAGAGGCAGUAAUGGCUUCCAACUUCAAUGGCUUUAAAAGAGAGAUGAUUUAUUGGAAGAUAGGCCCCUUGUCAAUGGCUCCUAGCCAUAAUGGCUAUGUUCUCACCCCAGUGUUGGAGGCAGUAUGCCUCUGAAUACCAUUUGCAAGUGGCAUAGCUGUCAACUUUUCCCUUUUCUUGCGAGGAAUCCUAUUCGGAAUAAGGGCAUUUCUCUUUAAAAAAGCUAUGAAGUGGGGGAGGGUUGUUGUUCUGUAAGCACCUGUUUAGCCUCUGUGAGAACAACUAGAUGGACAGCUGGCUUGAUCCAGAAAGAUAUCUGGUUGGCAACUGUGAGAACAGGCCUCCUCCAGCAGGGUGGUCUUUUGUUCUUAAGGCUCGUGUUCUUAAAGACAGUAGAUAUGGCAAGCCUCGAUUCCAACACAGGUGCUGGGGAAAUAGAGUCGAUAGGGGAAGAAUAUGUUGUUAUUUUAACGACAUGCAGUGGGAGAGUCCUGAGCUGAGGACCAAGUAGUCCCCAUGUCUCCAUCGUACAUAUGCCUCAGGUACAUCACCUUAGCCUGUAGUAAGGGGGGGGGGGAUGUUGGGGAAAGCCAUGAUACUUCUUUACCUUGCAGCCUUAUGUAAGGAUUAAGGAGGAAAUACCUUUGAGCAAUCUAAGAUCUACAUCAGUGGUUUAUCAAUCCAUGAGUGCAGGCUGAAGUAAGCCAUGGAAACCUAAGUGACCCGGCUGGGUGCUUAUUGGAGUAAGGAAGAAGCCCUGCAUAUCCUUGGUGAUAAAUCCUUGAGGACCUAAAUAUAGGUCAAUGAUCGCACCCCUGGGGAGGAAGUAAAGGUGCAUGGAAAUUACCUGAGGCAUCCCAAGCUACAGCUGACUAGUGUGUGGGAAUCCCUGAAUAUCACCAUUUGACAGAAACCACAGCCCUGUCCCUGUGCUUGGAAUGCCUGGCAAAGUUGCGAUGAGGAUGCUAGCUCUUUGUUAUGAGAGCAGAUUGAAGAAAAAUUAUUUCUGGCCUGACUGUGCUGGCUGCCAAUUAGUUUCCGGGCCCAAUUCAAAGUGCUGUUUAUGGCCUAUAAAUCCUUAAACAGCUCAGGACCCCAAUACAGCAAGCCCACAACUUACGCAGAUAUAACUUGUGCACAUUCAGCUUCACACAUUUGGCAAAAAACAAAUUAAAAGGGGGAAAGCAUUCGCGGAAAAAAGACUUAGCCCCUCCCCCCCGCUAUUGAACCCAGUAUGUUUUGACUAUAGACGAUUUUGGCUUUAGGCACAAUCCCCGAAAGAUGACUCCCACAUAAGUUGCGGGUUUACUGUACCCCAGGGACCACCUUUCCCCAUAUGAACUGACCCAGACCCUGUGAUCAUCAUCACCUGAGGCCCUUAUUCAUGUGCCCCUUCCACAAGAGGUCUGGAGGGCAGCAACACAAUAAACGGGCCUUUUCUAUGGUGGCUCCCCACUUGUGGAAUUCUCUCUCUAAUGAGGCUUGCUUCGCACCUUCAUUACUUAUCUUUAGGUGCCAAAUAUUAACAUUCCUCUUUUCCCAGGCCUUUGGCCUUUUAAACUGCUUAGUUUGUUAUUUUGUUAUGCAUUUUUGUGUUUUUAUACUGUAAACCAUCCUGUGAUCCUUGGAGGAAAGGCAGUAUAUAAAUUUAAUUAAUUAGUAGUAGUAGUAGUAGUAGUAGUUUCUAUCUAGGAAAAAACCAAAACCACACUCAUGCAUCAAGACACUGAUACAAAGUGUUGCUGGCAAUUGUAAAUGAGAUGCUGUAGCUGUGGGGCUUGGAAUUUAGCCAUGUUUACUAGAAAGUAAAUGCUAGUGAGUUCUGCUGCCAGAGGAGUGCGCCUAAAAUUACAGCUAUGAUACCGUCACAGGUCUCCAUGUCACUCUUCUCUCUAAUACCUAAAGAAUAGCUGUAUUUUAUGUAUGAACAAACACUUUCUCUGCUGGCACACCCUUUAGUGUUUGUGUGUAUAAAGAUCAGGUAUGCCCUCUUGCUUUGCUGUUUGUUAACACACAAGCUUUAUAAACUUCAUGGAGACCCACGAUCAAUAUUUGCACUCCUGUGGCAAUCUAGGAAGCAAGCUGUCGCUGUACGUGUUAACGUACACUGUAUGGAUUGUGAAUCCCUACUGCAACAUUCAGUAGACGUCUAAAGUACCUCUCUGUUUCUGUAAUGCUUUUCGUACUACAGCAUUCUGCAUCUCUAGGACCAAAUCGGAUGGAAAAUACUCCCCCCCUUCCUCUUCAAAUCAUGUGGGGGUCUCAGGUGUCUUCUAUCACUUACUGAAGGGUUUUUUUCGGGCGUAGGGUGUUCUGGCACGUCCAGAAAUGGCUUAUUCAAAAACAGUUUCCAGUUAAAUGAUGGUUUUUCCCUCCCUCCCGUUCCCUAGGGCUCAGUAUGUUUAAGCAAUAAUGCAGUAUGUUGGUGCAUUUCCUUAUUUUUUAUUUGGGUUUGUGACAUAAUAAUAAUAAUUUAUCAUUUAUACCCCGCCCAUCUGGCUGGGUUUCCCCAUCAUCAUGGUUCUUACGUAAAUAACUGACCACAGUUUUCCAUUCUGCUAGGAUGAUUCCUUCCACCUAAGAUUAUUUUGUAGGGCAAGGUUUAAUGAGACACUUAAAACUGAAACUGCACCACCUCUGGAGAUACUCGUUGAUCACCAGUGCUGUUUUGCUUCUAGUGAAGUGGUGCCAAAUGGUUGCCAACAAUGAAACAAUUUAAGCUAAGCCAUGAGGGAAUUGAGAUAAUUUAGCUCUGUGUUGUCUGCUGAGAUUUCAGCAGCUAGACAAUUUGCAGACAAGAAGAAUAACACAGGAUUCCAGAUACGCUAUCGUUUGUUCAUAGGUAGGUAUGAUUAUCUGUUGUGAAGAGGUCGCCUAGUUGGUCCUUUGAAUGCAUCAGAAUCACGUUUCUCUCCCUCGGAAGCUUUUACUGCUGUUUCUAACAAACCACGGUUUAGCAUUUUGUACUAACCCAAGCAAACUGUGGGUUGUCUUGCUGAAACAGACAAACUUCAAUCCUUGCUUUAUGAACCUUACUUGUUUCAGUAAACCAUAGUUAAAAUGAACUUCAAGGUUGGACGUACCACUAAACUGUGGCCAAUUGAAAACGGAGGCAAAGGCUUUUGAUCCCCUUUCCUGGUCUGAUCAACAAGAGAGCUUAGCUUGCUGUCACCCUGUUCUCUCAGAUUUCAUUUGCCCCUGCCUUAUUUGAGCACUUCCUCCAACCCACUAACAUGUCCCUACCAGAAAAGUAUCCAAAAGUCCUGGGGAAGUUGUGCAGCCAGGCUGAAUUAGUUUCAGUCGCUUGCGUGCACUUGUUUUAUAAUCCAGUUUCACUGUUGCAGAAUUCCUGGCUUCCCUUGGUGGGUGCGGCUGUGUAGCUAGUACCAAGGACCUUUGCAUCUCUGUCAUUCUGGUCAUAGCUGUGCCAAUCCAAGGCUUAGUCAGCAGCUGGCUUAAAGGUCUUGCCUCUCUCCUCCAUUCCCCUUCCUCAUUCAUGGCAUGGGUGUGGCAGCACAGAGGUCAUCAAAGCAAUUAGUGCUGAGAAGCUGUUCUAUUUUUAGGCUUUGCCUGAGUGUUGAUCAGGAUGGGGAGGGAGGAAUAACUCUUGGAUACACUCCUCUGCUAGAGUAAUUCAGUAUUUCUGUUACUUCCCUGCUUCUCUUCUUGGAAACUAAGGGUUGCUGUUGUCUGACUAGACCCAAUGGGAUUAAUGGACCUAAGUUUGCCUUGUCCACUGGCUCCAGUAGCUCUGCUUUGAGUAGGACCAACAUACAAAUCCAGAAGAAAGAAAUGUUACACACACAUAUGCAAGUGUGAAUAAGAACGGAGCCUUCUGCCAAGAGAUCUGUCCCAGCCAAUAUUUGUAUCUUGCACAAGUGCCUCUACUGCACUUAAGAUAUUAAGCGCAUCAGGGACACGGGUGGCGCUGUGGUCUUAACCACUGAGCCUCCUGGGCUUGCCGAUCGGAAGGUCGGCAGUUCGAAUCCCUGCAACGGAGUGAGCUCCCGCUGCUCUGUCCCAGCUCCUGCCAACCUAGCAGUUCGAAAGCACGGCAGCGCAAGUAGAUAAAUAGGUACCGCUGUGGCAGGAAGAUAAACUGCAUUUCCAUGCACUCUGGUUUCCGUCACGGUGUUCCUUUGCUCCAGAAGCGGUUUAGUCCUGCUGGCCGCAUGACCUGGAAAGCUGUCUGCGGACAAACGCCAGCUCCCUCGGCCUGAAAACGAGAUGAGCGCCACAACCCCAUAGUCGCCUUUGACAGGACGUAACUGUUAGAAUUUCAGCUCCGGUCGUCCGAGCUGAUAUGGCUCAUCUUCCUUUGAUCCCAGCAGAGCAUUAAAACAACAAAGUCCACAACGGAAGGAUGAGGCAGGUAUGGGCUACAUUGCUAUACUUUAUUACUAAGCUAUACAGAGAGCAAAAAAAAACACAUCUCCUCUCUAUGAGAGCAGAGAGCAACUGAACAAAAGAAACGAAAGAACAAAGGGAACAGGAAACCAGUAACAUCACAUCCCGUCUCCCUUUCCCGUGAGAAUCCAACAGUAUCUGGACUUUCUGGAAUGUAAACAGUCCUGUGACUGCAAGGAGCUGCUCAGUGAGAGAAACAGAAACUAACAGUAACUGUCCAGGGGUCCUUUACCUUUUUACCUAUUAAGAGCAUAGGCAAACUCUGGCCCUCCAGAUGUUUGGAACUAUACCCAUCAUCCCUGACCACUGGUCCUGUUAGCUAGGGAUGAUGAGAAUUGUAGUCCCAAACAUCUGGAGGGCCAGAGUUUGCCUAUGCCUGAUCAAGAAGAUUCCUGCUGCGCCAGACCAAGGGCACCCUGUUCUCACAGCGGCCAGCUGUAUGCCCAUGGGAAGCCCACAAGCAGGACCUGGGCACAACCGCAGUCCCCCUUACCUACAUUUCCCGUGCAAGUGGUAUUCCUAGGUAGACUGCCUCUGAUAUUAUGGGUACUUGAUAUUGGUCCGGAUGGGUUGUAGGACGUCCUGUGCAUCAGGGGAUUCAGCGGGGCUCCUCUGUGUUCCCCCAUUGGGUGGGGUGGGGUGGGGUGGUUUUGCCACUCCUCUCUGGAUCCCUCAUUACCCCAGUUAUGUUAGGAUGACCAGAAUGGGUGGAUCACAUGGGAAAUAGGAGUAUGCUAAAUUUGGGGGUAGCAUCUGCUCGUGCUCUUAACUGUAAUUAAGGGUUCCUUAAGAACAACUACCUUCCAUAUGCACCCUCCUGGAUCUUCUGUUCAGCAUAAUAUAUAAGGCAUUGUUUUCAGGUUUGGCAACUGGGCCCGAGGCCUUAGCCUCUUCCAUUGUGCCUCUUUGGAGUGCCUUCCCCAGGGAGGGCCAAAUGACCCCACUGCUAUAUGCCGGUUGGUGCCAGAUGAAGACCCAGAUCUCUAGGGAGGCUUUUGAGGGAAGCGGAAUGGAUGGAGGAUUGUUGUCUGUUCUUGUUUUCCCUGCUGAUCUGCUGAACUUUCUGGAUGCCUGUUGUGAUUACUGAUUCUACUGUUGAAACUUAACUGUUUAGCUCAUGGUUUGAUUGUGCUUGCUGUACGUUUUCAACACUUCCUCGGGGGAAGAAAUAUGGGAUAGAUUUUUCUCAAGUUAUUGUGCAGCAUUUAAAGGGGUCAAUGGCAGUGGCAGAUGCUCAGGAAGGGGGGUGGCAAAGGUUCUGAGGGUGGGAAUAGUUCGUUGCAAAUUGCAAGCAUUCAGUUAUGUAUUGCUCAGUGUUAAAUGCUGACCCAAUAACUGAUGUGCCGUCAGCAGAUUUACUGACACAGUUGUGUCAAAUUGCCUUUAAAGGCAGAACUUCUUGCUAAACACAGGUAGCGCCGGCUACCUUGACCUGGAGAGUUUGUUCUUCUGACGUGUGUACAGUGGUGCCUCGCAAGACGAAAUUGAUUCGUUCCGCGAGUUUUGUCGUCUUGCGAUUUUUUUCGUCUUGCGAAGCACGGUGUCGGGAAAGUUUUGGAAAAGCUUCAAAAAUCUUAUUCCAAAAUCUUUAAAAACCUCAAUAAAGGCUACCACACCGCGUUCUAUGAGUUGCUCCUCGAAGUCAAGUCGCAACUGUAUUAACGGUGUUAAGAAAAAGAAACAAACUUGCAAGAUGUUUCCGUCUUGCGAAGCAGCUCAAAAAACAAAAAACCCUUUCGUCUAGCGAGUUUUUUGUCUUGCGAGGCAUUCGUCUUGCGAGGUACCACUGUAUUGUGAUGGUUCCAUUAUUUUUCUUUUGUGAUGCUCUUCCUGGCUGGGGACUCAGUCCUUAUUCAAGGGUCUUAGUCAGAAUCUUUUAUCCUAGGGAAAAGGGAUGUUGUCUCCUAAGACUCAAAUGAGCAGCAAGCACUCACUUCAACUGGUCCCUUGCACUAACAUGGGGCCCUUUUCAUUCACAGUGAUACAGGGACCUUUUUAUCCAGCAGAAAUAGGCAGCAGCUGCUUUUAUCUAGUGCAGUGAUGGCUAAACUUGGCCUGCCAGCUGUUUUGGGACUACGAUUCCCAUCAUCCCUGACCACUGGUCCUGUUAACAAGGGAUGAUGGGAUUUGUAGUCCCAAAACAGCUGGAGGGCCAAGUCUGGCCAUCACUACGUCUAGCGGGUCCAACCAGUAAGAUGAUUUGUGGUUUUACAAGAUGCUACCAAUGUUGGGUGGGGUUGUUUGGAUUUAUACAAACAUUGCAUGUGACUUCUUUCUUUCCCUUUUAUGAUAUUGUGUAUUUAUGUUUUUAACUGUACCUCUGGUAACAAGUGACUAAUAAGUCCCAUUAAUAAUAAUACUGACGCUGAUGGCACUGAUAUGGUGGCUGCGGGCAGUGACUCUCAAAUACAGUCGUACCUUGGAUCUCAAACUGCUUAGUCGCCAAACGUUUCAGCUGCCGAGAGAUCGAAAACAGGAAGUGAGUGUUCUGGUUUUCGAAUGAUUUUCAGAAGCCAAACAUCCGGCACGGCUUCUGCAGCUCCUGAAGACAAUUGGAAGUCGCGCCUUGGUUUUUGAACGGUUCCGGGAGUCGAACGGACUCCUGGAACUCAUUCUUUUUGGCAACCAAGGUUCGAAUGUAGUGGUUUGUAGGAACCCAGUUGAUGGUGAAGGUGGCUGAGCAUGCAAAGGCUUAAUGACGUGCAGUUCAAGAACUCUCAUUUGUGCACCAGAAUGUGCUUCAUCUAAAUUACAUGCCUGCUGUAGUCUGAAAUUCUGCAUUAAACCAAUCUCAUUUAUUUCUUUUACAGGAAAAUGUCAGCUGCUGACGACUUCUCGGUAAGUCUUCCAAGUUGGCUACUUUCUAAGUUGCAACCAGGGGAUUUGAUUUAAAUCAAAUUGAUUUAAAUCACUUGUCAGUAAGACUUGAUUUAAAUCAUUUUUUUACAGAAAUACUCAUUCUUGCUGCUAUAAUCUUAAUAUUUACAACCAUAUGAAGGUUUCAUUUUUGGAAUAAAUUCUCAGAGUAGUUUUUACAGUUAUAUCAAAAAUUACUGAUUUGGUUAUACUAUUAGAAAUACAUAGUCAGAUAAUUAUGAAAUUAUUGUGAGGUUUAAUAAGUUAACUUUAUAUUUGGACAACUUUUCUGCUGUAUAUUUAAAUAACCAUUUAUUUAACAGAAACAAUAACAUUAUAGCAUAUGCAUCCAUGUUUGUUAACUGAUGUGGUUAAACGGGUUUUUUUAUUAAAAAAAACUUAAACUGAGUUUUGGGCACCCAUGAAAAACUUAAAACAAAUCCUUAUUUCCUGAUGAAUAGUCUUUGGACUAUAAUGUAACUUAAAUAGAAAACUAUAUUUAGACAGAUUUCCCCCCAAAAAGCAUUUUAUUUUAAAAAUCCAAUUUAAAUUUAAAAAAAUCAUAUUUUUUAUUUUUUUUAAAAAUAUCAAUGAUUUUUAUCCACCCUGGUUGCAACCAAUGUGUGAUUGUAUCAAGACCAAUUCCGAUGUUUGAAUGGAUGAUGGUGUGUAUUCCAAUGCAGACCCAAGAGCUGAAUUUUUUAUGGGGAAAGAAGCACAUUAAGUUGCUAUAGCUUUUUACACUGACCCUUGAAUGUUACUGUUGAACUGCUUCAUUUUGUUAAUGCAGUUAACCUCCCCCAUCCCACAUAAUGUUAGUGGUUAAUCUCUGCCCACUGGGACUAUAACCUGCGUUGUUGGGCGGGAGAGGUUGAGAUUGUCCAUCUGACAAGUGUGUGGUUGGAGCCCUGAUAAGAGGAGGCAGAAGGUUUAAGAGAAAGCUUUUCCGAAGAAGGGAAGGCAGGGCCUAAACCAUGGAGACAUCCUGACAAACUGGAAUGCAGAGGCGACGUCAGCAGCAGAACAAAUGUGGAAUGGAGGGAGGGAGAGAAUAGGCAGGCAACCAUGGACUGGAAAUGGCCUGAACAAUUGUGACCCACCAGUAAGCUAUGUGGGUUUGCAGAAAAAUUCCCAGUGCCCCAAAUCAACAGAGACCGGACUAAGUGCAAUUGUCUUACUUAUAACGACACUUUUUAAGGUAUAAUGACAAACCUCACCCUCCCACAAUAUAUAAGGGUCUGGUGAGUUCUGUUUCAGUGUAUCUGAAGAAGUGUGCAUGCACACAAAAGCUUAUACCAAGAACAAAUGUAGUUGGUCUCUUAGGUGCUACUGGACAAAUUUUUAUUUUUUAUAUAUAUUGCAACACUUUUUAAAAGUGCUUUGUUAAAAUUUCCAAGCUGUCUAAAUAGUUUCCCCCCCUUAAUAAUGAACAGUGUUUGAGCUGAUGUGCUUACCUGGGGGAAAUUUGAGAAAAGCACACUUAACCCGGCAAGUUCACACGUUAACUUGGAAGUGGUUUUACUGGGAUACUUAAGAGUUGACCAUUGAUCGCCUUAACCUUCUUUAAAGAACAGUAAAGCGGAGGUGCUGAAAUCUUGGUGGGUCACAGCGAGAAGCUGGCCGCCCCAGAGUCGGGUCAGGACUCACCGGUAGAGAAUUUGCUGUGGAAAGGCACAGUGAGUUCCCCCAUGUCUUGAAUCUGGUGUCUUUCGAUGGUGGGAUGAGCAAGGAAGGUAUCAAAACAGUCUAGAGAGAGAUGAGAGGUUGUUCGUAUAUGGCUGAUGCCACAGAUGGUGGUGGUGGUGAUGAUGAUAAAGUGUAGGCUCCUCUGGUGGAGUAGCAACAGUGGUGGAGUCUCACCCCGUGUUUCGUUUUCCUAGCUGGCGGAUGCUCUCCCGGACACGUCUCCUGCCAAGAACGCCUCCUUGGGCAACACGAAACCUGCUCAGCAGCCCGGCCAGCCCCCCCAAGCCUGGCCCGCUUCCAACCCCUGGAACAACCCGCCAAGCGCUCCCCCCGCGGCAAUGUCGGGGCUGCCUCCCAGCACGUCCACCUCCAACGUCCCUUUUGGACCCCCUCCCACGGGAAUGUACCCUUCCCUCCCCCCCGGAGCCCCUGCCCCCUUCCCACCUCCUGGGUCGGCUUGCCCCCCUCCCGGCACCCCUUACCCGCCCCCAGGCCCUGCCCCACCUGGCCAGUACCCUCCUCCAAACAUGUCCUUCCCAGAACUCCCCAGGCCCUACGGGGGCCCAGCAGAGCCGGCUGCACCCCCUGCUGCCGCCGUCGGGCCGUGGGGGUCCAUGUCUGCCGGAGGAGGGUGGGGGCCCGCCGUGGGGGGCCAGUACCCUGCGCCUAGUGUGCCGUACCCACCCCCAGGGCCGUAUUCCACUCCCACCCAGGCACCGGGGGCCGCUCCUACAGUGCCGUGGGGCGCCGUCCCCCCCGGACCAUGGGGGCCUUCGCCACCAGCCCCAUUUCCCCCGCCCACAGGGUCCUAUCCGGCUCCAGGACUGUACCCAACGCCGCCGAAUCCUUACCAAGUGCCACCUGCACCCGCUGGAGCUCCGUCCAUGCCGGGGGGCCUUCAUGUGAGUACAGCAAGCUGCUGCUUCUUCUCCUAAUAGUCCCUUCAUUUGCAGCUCACCUUUAGAAAUGUCCUCCCCCAAUUGCUGUGCUUCAUCAGAGCCAGCGAACCUCUUCAGAGGCAGCUGUUGAAUUGCAGCUUUUAAUUUGAUAAGCUUUAUUUUUCCUUAUUCUAUUUAUUUGGGGUUUUUAUUUAUUUAUUAGAUUGAUAUACCGUCCCUUCAUCAAAAGAUCUCGGGGGUGGUUCACAAGAUAAAAAUACAAGAUAAAAGCGCAAAUUGUUAGAACAGAAACAUCAAAAGAGUAACCCUCCCUCCCUGAUCUUCUAAGAGAAGCUUUUCCAUGGCAGCUUGUCUUAGGAAUCCCUGCGUAUCACAAAGAAUUUGGGGUGUUUUCUGGAGUGCCCUAUGACGCGUAGUGUCUUGUUCUGCCCUGCAUCAUCUUCUUGCGGUGGCCAACCGGAUGCCUGUGCGAAUCCUGCCAGCUGUCAGGAGCUCGUCCUACACUCGAGUAGGACCCUGGCAUAGACACAUGCCCGACUGGCAUGUUCUCUCCCUCCUGGUCGAUCAUUCGGGAGCUUCAAAAUCUUACUUCUCCCCGAACAUCUCAGCGACCGAUGCCAACAGACACUGGCACACUUAGGGAUCUGCAGAGUCUACGCAGCUUGUGUAACAGACCUCAGCAACUCAGCAUUUUGGCUAAUCUACUUUAUUUACAUACAAACACACACGGAGCACUGCAACAUGGCUCCCUCUAUCUCUAGCAUCAGACAGCAGAGAAAAAGAACAAAGGACAAUAGUCCCACUUCACGGAACACAGUAACACAAACAUCCUGUCUCCGUCAAUUCCCACUCUGGAGUCAAAACAUACACCGUCAUGUGAUAGACAACAAUCCCAUGACUGCAAUCAUGGAGCAGCCCCCUCCCCACCUGUGAUUCCAAUGCAGCUGGCAUCCUAGCAGCUCCCACAGGGAAGGGAGAACAUCCCAAUUGUAGCCAGCAAUGGGCAGCAACCUGCUGUUGGGGGUGGGAAAUAGCCAUGGAUGCAUUGCUAAGUCCAGAUCGUGGCCUCUUCUGUCCAUUUCAGUGAGUCACGUUUAGGGCCCUUAUGCUUCAGGGAAAAAACCUAUUGGUGAGUGGCAAUGGUCUAAAAAAGAGGGAAUCUCUAGGCAUGGCUUCUGCUGGUCAGAGGGUGUGAUUUCCAUAUGCAACACUAAUCCUACCCUCAUAGCAUGUUCUGUAGUCACUGCAAGAACAGCCCUGGUAGCAUCAUUUUUUAAAAAGAAAAGAAUCUGCUGCCUGUCUAACACUGUCCUUUUCCCCAUGCAGAUAAUAAACUGGCCUCAGUCGCACACAAUAGGCUCGGAUAUAGAUUUAGAUCUGUUGAGAGAAAUGCGCGUUUAAUGGCUUUGCACAUUUGUCAACCCCUCAACCCUUCGUCUGGCUCCUGGAGCAAACCCUCAGUGGUUUGAUCUUGGAACUGCAGAAUCUGACUGACCUCUCUCUCUCUCUCUCUCUAUUCUGUUCCCCAGCCUUACCGUUGAACUUGUGCCGGACUGAUGAAGUGCAGUCUCCUCACCUACAACUGCUAUUUACAAGAGAAGUUAAACAUUCGUUUUCUGUAACCUUUUGGAGUCUCAAAAGAGCUCGCUCGCCUUCUGCCUGCUCAUCUGAGGCACGGAGGAGGACUCUGCGUAAGCUGGACUCUGUUCAAAUGCUGAAGUAACCUUUUUGUUUGUCAGUGAAUUAGGAUAAAACAUGCCCCAGCUGCCCGAUCCUUGUUUGGGAGGUGAGGACCCCACCUUGGAAUAUGUGGCUGUUUGCCCAGAGAGUUAGGACUGCUCCAGGAUAGUCCAGGAAUUUGAUGGAAGACCUGGACCCAUCGCCAUUGCUGGACUUGUGUCUGUGUGUUCAAGUCAAUUCAAUAAACUCGGUGUAUUCUGGAGAAAUUCUUGGACAGAUAGGCUAGACACAUUACGAGUCACUCAUCAAACUGAAAAGAAGCAAACCAUGUUAAUCUGGAGGCAGUUCUCCACAUCGCAUUCAAUUUAUCUUAGCCAUGUUCUGGGAGAUAGUUGGCAGAGAUUUAGAUCUGACACUUGAUGUCUAGCCUCCAGGCAGCUGUGAGCAUCGUUGCACCGCCCAAUUUAGGUGUUCGGGCAGUUCGGAUAGAUCAUUCUGAGGGGCUAGUCUGCCAGCUGAUUUAGACUUCACUGUUUUCAUUAAGAGAAUGGAUUUUCCCUCUGAAAUGGUCCACAUAUUAAAUCUAGGACUAGAACUGCCAUUGGGUUGACUGAUGAGGCCUGAUAACCUUUUGGUUGUUUUUGUCCUUCAGAUGGAAUUAAAAUGUUUAUUGUAGGGAGGAGGCAGGAAUCUGACCAGAAUAAUCCUCUUCUUGCUUAGUGGCUCCAGAACCCAUGGUCCUUGCAUAACCGCUGCCCUCACUUGGGAACCGAUGGUGUCUAUUAUCAGAACUCCACAAAGCGCAGUUGUACAGUUCUUCACCUGAGUGCUGUCAUCUUAUUCCCAAAUCAAAUGGCAGAGUCUAAUAUCGGAUUAAAUAGGAAGGUCGUUCUGCAGUGGGGGGUGUCUCCUGAAGUCUGUUCUCAGGCCAUCUUGGUUCAACAAAGUAAAUUGCGUAUAGCCAACACCGGGCAGUGGCUGCAACAGCAGUUUUAACUUGCCUGUGUGUGUACUUUUCCCUUCCAUUCUGGCUUCUCAGAGUUCGUCCCUAGGCUCAAGUAAACCUCUUCUUCAGACAGCCCCUGUAGGGAUGGCACCAUGCGCUCAUCUGGUUGCUGUUGGCAUCAGCAAUGUUGCAGGACAGGACAGCCUUGCCAGUAAACCCACAGUUUAGUUGCCUGCAAAACCAGCUGUGUUGUCUGUUUGACAAACCUCUGUCUGCUCAUCCAAAGGAUUCAUAGGCAAGUGACCAUUUAGAAGCCAUCUGUGGGAAAUGGCUCUGCAAGAGGCCACCCUGUGGCUCAUCGGUGUCUCACCCCUGAGAAUUGGAAGGCUGGGUAGAGUAGAGAUGAGGAUGGACAUGUUCUUCUCUAGCGGCUGCAAAAAAAAAAAAAUACUGGUUAAUCAUGGCAGGACUAGGUUUCCCUUUGGGUUCCUUCCGACUCUACGAUUCUGUGCUGUGGAGUGGACAUGGAACAGGGAGUUUAAACAAACAAAAUUUUAAAAAUCUGCAUGUGUGGAAUGGAGGGGCCUUUCCAGUCUGUGCUUGUGUAAGUUUGUGGCAAGCGUUUAUUUCCUCUUGGCUGCAUGCCUUCCUUCCAUGUUGCACUUCUCUGAUGGGCAUAUUGCACCCUCCCAGAAAUUCAGAGCCUAGUAUUUUCUUGGUUGUGGGGAAGGGAGAAUGCAUUCCGUCGCCCCCCCAGCUAGCACAUUCAUUGUUGUUGUGAUUUGCUCGGUGGUAUGUGACUUUGCAACACCUGCAACUAUCGGAUAUUGUUCAGUGUGGUAAUUGAGGUUAGUGACCGGGGACAAUUCCCCUCUCCAUCCCCAACUCCACCAGUUUUGUCAAGAACUCCAAGCCUAAUAAACCCUGAAGUAAAAGUCCUGCUAACCUUUCAAAAAAAGAAAGAAGCAACCUUUGGUUUUAUGUUCUAAUAUGGCUCUUUGAAGUCUGUGUGCUGUGCUGCUUCUGUGCUAGAAAUCCCCUCCCUGCAUGCACAUUCAGCAAAGUUAUUUGUUCUCCUGUUUGGAUGGGAUGCAUUAUUGGCACUGAACAGGGACUUGCCAAAGUAUGCAAAAGCUAAAAUGAAGCGUGGGCACGCAUUGACCUGUGGAAAGGCCCCAGAAUCACCGUUUAGCACUUGGGAGUCGUUUACCGUAUUUGCCAUUCCAUCAGGUUUUGGACAGGGCGGGAGUGGUUUGUUCCAGGUCCGAAGCGUGCGAUCUUCUGAGGUGUGCAGGAGAGAAAUGCGAAUGUACCUUCCAUAGACCAGCUUAAGACGACCCACGUGUAUGUCUUCUGUGUGCUUUUUUUCCUUAAAAAAAAAAGAACUCUUGGAAAUAACGAACAGUAAAGGAGUUUUUCACAAGGCUGGAGCAGACCAGUGGUCGUGCUGAACCUCAAGCUCGUAGGACAGACUUUUCCAAAGGUGCGUUCAGUGCCUCCACCCUGAGGCCGUCCUUCUGCAGAGACUGCAGGAUUUGUAGUGCCCCUGGAGAGGAAGAGGAGAGAGACCGUAGACCUGGCUAAGAGCGCAUCACAUCGUCUGUGAAUUCAGCUGUAACCCGCUUGGCUGAAGCUCCUGCAAAAGUAGGUGCUAAGAUCCCACGAGAAACUGUAAGGGCCUUCAAGUCUCGUCCAGCCUCCCUUCUGUUCCUAUUGAUCAUGCACAUGCAAAAGUGUUGGGGAGGCAGUGGAGUCACAGUGUGUGUGUCCUGUCCCCGGCCAGCAGCCAGUGCAAACAAGUGGUGGUAUCUCUCAGCCAGGACAAGGGGGUGGUUUUGGCUAUACACUGUUUUCACCUUGUGUGUUGGCUUUGGAACCUAAACCCCGCGUAAGAUGCGGCUCUGCUGCACCAUGCAGGUUUACUCAGAAGUAGGCCCCACUGAACUUGACGGGACUUACUCCCAGGUAAGUGGGUAUAGGUUUGCAGAUACUGGACUAAACAGCUUGGACAGAAAGGCUGGCCGGCCGCUGCUUCAUCUGUUCCAAAUUAAGAGGAUGAAAUCUGAAUUCAGGGCUUUGCAGAUUUAUUAAACCUCUGCCCAGAUGCCAUGCCGAGAGAGAGCCUGGAUUCUGUGUGGAAGUUUGUGCAGGGCACCACCGUAACCAUUCACUACUUUGGCAUAAUUCUGGGGUGCUAGGAAGCGGCAGGAGCAGAGGGCCAGGCAGGUUGUGGAAACCCCAGUCAGCGACAAACACACCCUUGGGAGAUCUGCUGCAGUUUCUGAAAGCUGAGAUCCUGUGUCCGGAUUUCCACGUUCUCUUCCUUUUUCACUUCCCUCAGAAACGCUGCCCAAACACAGCAGCAACUAAAUAGGAGUCGGUCGACAGAUGCAUUGCUCUGGUUCAUCCUUCCCACAGCCAGGCGCCUGUCAGAUGUUUUGAACUGCCAACUCCUGUCACCUGGGCGGGCCUUGAUGGGAGCUGGCAGGCCUAAACAUCUGGAAGGCUGUGGAGAAGGAUGCUCUGGUGACACCAUUUGGAUAAAAGGGAUCAUGCAUUGCUGACUGGCAUCUGUCCGUCUCAGGAGACGAUGGAAAAGUGCACCUUCAGAGACCGAUACAGGAGAGAGAUGUUUUGUUGCAGCUGGGGCAGAUGGGGGUGUCCGGUUGUGCCACUGCAGGUGCACCAUGGCGUUUCUUCUCUCUGUGCUCCCUCCCAGUGUGCAUAUGUGGAAUAUAUAUAUAUAUCAAUCAAAGUUUCUCUUCUGGGUAUAUAUGGAAAAAGUCACAGCAGUAUAUGCAAGGGAGAUGGAAGUCCUGUGAAUUAAAAUGCAUUUUGCAUCUUUGUGCUUGGCUCCUCCAGGAAACUUUUCCCAAAAAUAACAAAUAAAAAUCCAAAAUGGACCAGACUUGGUUAUGGACAAAGCAUCCUUCCUGGGGAUUCACGAUCUCUGCUUCUUAUCCCUUGAUGUUACUUGGACCGCUCCCACCCACCCCCCUGGUCAUGAGACUACCCUUUCUCAUAAAUAAUGGCCCCUACUGCACCAUCCCAGGCAAUUGUUCGAUGCUGUGUAGUAAAACUUUUUAAUCAUUCUGUCCAGAGUGUGAGCAAUUUCUAGCCCAAUUGAUGCUUGUUAUGCAAUGGAAUUUGUAUCAAUCUGUACUUUGUGAGUUGGGGUUUUGUUUUGUUUUUUGAGGGGGGAAAACUGCUGAGAAAUUUGGGGUUGGGUUUUUUUUUUUUGGCUUGUGCUUCUGGGGUGGAUAUUUAACUGCAUUUGUUUACAAUAUGGAAUUAUUAAGCAAUCACACUUCUGAAGCAUAGACCAUAUCACCUGCUGCUGUAUUAUUAUUAUUUUUCUUUCUAGAUGAUAAAUUUGUUGUAUGAUGGUAGUGAAGAGGCUUUAAAUACAGGAUUUGAUAUUUUUUGAAAAUGCUGUCAUUUUUUGUAUACAAUUGGACAUUAAACGUAUUUUCAAGA